AUGGCUCAAGCAGGAAUGAAACGACGACGGGACGAGACGUCCCCACGACAGCCUCACAAUCAUAGCAGCAAUAAAGUCUCAGAGGUUAUCAUCGGAGGAAUUUCCUACAAGAGUGAUCGAUUUUACUUGAAUGCCGGACCCCCCCCCAAGGGAGAAACCACACCCGAAACGCCCAGCAAUGACGCGUCUCCUAAUCCAUUCUGUCAAUGUGGCGCUCAGUCAUGUCAUCCACCACCUCUUUUUGAUCGAGACCAGCUACUCAAAGAAAUGAUAGAGAGAAAUGAGCUGAAAGCUGCUGUCAUGGGUACCUUUACUUUUAGUCUACAAUUUUUGCGGGACGAGUAUCCUCAGUUGGUGGGGCCAAACGCUAACAUUCCAACGUUGGUUUUGCAUGGUCAAAAGGGUCUGAAAUACAUCAACGGAACAAACAAUGAGUCCGGUACUUUUCCAUCUCCGCUGCUACAAGAAGAAGAGGCCAAUUCAAACGAAUCCUGGGAUCCAGAGUCUCCAAACCACAGAGACGAGCCCUCCCCUUUUACAUCCUUGCACCUUGGCAAGAGUUUUCAUGCCACUCAAGUACUACCAACAAGUGAUGGCUCUAUCAAAGGUGUUACGGAAGAAAGGAAAAAUGUCAAAGGGAAGAAUAAUCGAAAAUGGCAAGCGGGUGUGCACCACCCAAAAUUCCUCUUGCUGUUUGAAACGACGGGGGACAUUAUUGUGGUCGUGUCUACGGCCAAUCUAGUUCCUAGUGCUACUUUGGAAGGGUCUUGGAUUCAGCGAUUCAAAAGGUACAAGGGGAAACCGCGGAAUAGGAAACGAUUUUCUCCAGCAAACAACUUUGGAUUUUCGUUGGCAGACUUUUUGCAUCAAUUGGGCAAGGCCAGUGAGGAAGGUGGAAUGAGGAUUGAUGCUUUUUUGAACCAAUAUAUGAACAUCAGACUAGGGGAAUUCUUUGGGCUCUAUCACUUUGAAAAAUCCAGUGUUUGUUUGGUUCCCACCCUUCCAGGUCAGUUUCGCACCAAGGAUGGCUCUGCGCAAAAGUACGGAAGGCAUCGCGUACAGAGCAUCUUGAGCAAAUUGGAGAAAGAUUUGCACAGCACACCAAAAGAUUGUCUCGUUAUGCAGCCCACCAGUAUUGGCCAAAACAUGCAAAUCGGCCCACUAGCUCAUAUCGGGAAAUCCUAUUUGAAUUGUUCUAAAAGUGAGGUGAACAAUGAUGUGCUGGGCCGCAUGUCCAUAAUUUGGCCUUCGUGGGAGUUUUUGGCCACGUUCACGGAGAAAGUAGCCGACAAACGACCCCCAAAACGAGAGCCCAGGAGGAACCAAAGCGAAAUACUAUACGAGAAAGGAGAGGUGGAAGACUUUGAUUGUUUUGUGUUUCUUUCCGCAGCGACAUUCAAUUCCUUGGAUAUGGAAUGCGUACAUCGGCUGGCCCACUUUCGGACAAGCCAUCCUUGUCAAUUUUCGAGUGAACCAUUGACUCCGCAUUUCAAAUCAAUCACUCGAAUAUGCAAGGAUCCAACUGUUUGCAAAAGUGAACUCCGGAAGGAAACGUUUUCCUGGUUUCUACUGACCAGCGCAUGUCUCUCCUUGGGGGCACAAGGGAAGGUGGAGAAAGAAGGGACACCGGACGAAACCAUAAAGUAUGCCAAUUUUGAACUAGGCGUAUUGUUCACCAGUGAGAGAGCCGAAAAGCAGUCUGGACGACUGUACUGUUUUGGGCCGCAAGAAUGCACCUCCGACGCAAGAAAGGCAUCCAACUUGAUUCACCUUCCCGUCCCUUACUCUCUCCAACAUAAUUUUUACUUGGAAGAGAACGAGGCAACCAUGAACGGCAUGCCAUAUUUCCAUGAAGUCAGGACCACAGACAUUGGUGGAAAUUUCUUGUGUACGCCGUACAAGCAGAGCAAGUACUUGGAUCGUGCAAAGGAUUCGGAGAAUAAGGAGAACAAGUCAAAGGUAGAGUGA